UCAUUUUGCACUAAGACAGAACUUCGAAAUGUCUUCGUUUGACAUAAGUGUUUUACUCGUUUCCAAAGAGAAUGUUUGCCGAAGUGUUAUCGCACAGGCGCUAAUGUGUUUGGAAUGCCGAAAGACAACUCAGAGAGUUCUUAUUGAUAGUUGUGGAGUAGAUGUGAAAAAAGCGGGUGUUGGUCCGAAUUGUAUAGCUGAAGCUUGCUUCCUCGCUAGAAGGAUUGAAAUUUUUGAUCAUGCUUCUAGACAACUUACGAAAGAAGACUUUGAACGCUACGAUUACAUUUUAACUUUCGACAAUGCAAACUACGAGGCUGCAAUGGGUAUUAGAGAUGGGGUUAAGCAAAAAAAAAGCAGAUUUUUUAGUGUUAGAAGAAAGAAGAAAACGCCAAAACCUAUUAUUACGAGAGCGAAACUUAGACGCUUGACGGAUUACUAUCCGAGAGCUUUGAAGAGAGUCGACGAAAUAUACGAUAAUAAAAGAGCUUUGGAAGUUUUCCAGAAUACUUUUGGUGUUAUAAAAGAUUGUUGCCGCGGCUUCUUCGAAACAGUAAUUCGCCGCCGCGAACGAGUUGACUACUGA